ACCCCCUCAAAAAAGAAAAGAAAAAAAUACGAGACGCCGAGGAAACCCUCGCGCAUCACAGCCGCCUCCGCCACCGACCAUGGCGGGCGCUCUCGCAAUCGCCGCCGCCGCCGCCGCCGCCGGUUCUUACGACCGCGAUUGGGCGGGGCUGCCGGAGGAAAUACUCCUUCAGGUGCUGUCUGCGCCUCGUGGCAUGCUGCUUACCUAGCCGUCCGCCGCCAUCGCUUCCCCCUUCCGAUCUCCCGGAAGCAGCUCCCCUGCCUGCUCUACGCAUGCCGCGAUUCCGCCGCAGACGGCGCCGUCGUCUGCUGCCCCUUCACCGGCGAUUCCGUCCGAGCCCCCCUGCCGCAGCCCCCGCUCACCCGCCACUCCACGGUCGGCUCCGCGCACGGCUGGCUCGUCACCGCCGACGAGGCCUCCAACCUCCACCUCCUCAAUCCUAUCACUGGCGCCCACGCCGCGCUCCCACCCAUCGCCACUCUCCACCACGUCGAGAGCUGUACCGACGCCGAAGGCCGCCUCAUGUACAACGUCUUCGACAGGGGCGAUCCCGAGCCGACCCCCUUGGACGCGCGCGAGGUCAGGGACUGCAUGUACCACCGUGUCACGCUCUCCUGCAGCCCGUCAGCCGGGAGCGCUUGCAUCGUGCUGCUGGUGCACAUGCCGGUCGGCGAGCUCUCUUAUGCCCGGCUCGGCGACGAGCGGUGGACGUGGAUCUCCCCGACCACCAGCUCAUGAGCAUCAGCUGGGGCUUCAUGGACUCUUUCUACAACGAGGAUGAUGGUUUGUUCUAUGUGCUUCGCAGCCACAGGUCCGUCUUCACCCUGAAUUUCAAUGGGCCAUCCCUUGUUGUCAAAAAGAUCAUGCGAAGAGUUAGGAAGGGAGAUGAUCCUUCUAGCAUGUACAUCCUGCAAGCUCCAUGGGGUGAUAUUUUGCAAAUAUGGAGGUGGAGGAGCUACGUCGAUUCAUCAACACCUGUGGAGCUUCCUAGAGAUCUGCUGGGUCACAACGAAGAUGACAUAGACCGGUAUAUUGAGCUGAGAACAACUGAAAUAGAGGUCUAUAAGGUUGACCUUGAGAACCAGGCACUUGUGAAGUUGACAAGCUUAGCGGAUCAUGCACUAUUCCUUGGUUAUAAUAGCACCAUGUGUUUUGCCACUAAAGAUUUCCCAACAUUGAAGCCAAACUGUGUCUAUAUCACGGAUGACUCUUUUGAGUAUGUCAACAUGUGUAAGCAUAACUGGCGAGAAAUCGGAGUUUGGAAUAUAGAAAACAAGAGUCUGCAGACUUUUGAUGGUGAUUUGCUUACUAAUUCCUGGAUGAACUGGCCUUCUCCGGUUUGGAUAACACCCUCCCUUUUCUAGUACUCAACUAGCAGAGAAAGGUGCACAAAAUUCUAAUUACAAAUGGAUUUUUUCAGCUCAAUUAAACAACAAUAUAGAGCUGAAGUAUGUAUGCAUUGGACCCUAAAGACUUGAAGCCAUUGAAUAGCUGCUGCGAUGCUCAGAUUUCUGUUUUUGGUUCUAAGCUUCAGAAGAAGAUGCGAGACUCUAAUAUUUUUGUUGUGGGAUCUGGUGCUCUUGGAUGUGAAUUCUUGAAGAACUUUGCUUUAAUGGGGCUUUCUUGUGGCCGUAAAGGGGAGCUAACUAUAAUAGAUGAUUAUGUCAUUGAAAAAAGCAACUUGAGCCGGCAAUUCCUGUUUCGUGAUUGGAACAUUGGACAGGCAAAAUCUACAGUAUCCGCUACAGCUGCUAGUGCUAUCAACUCCAGCCUCCAUAUUGAUGCUCUGCAGAAUCGUGCCUGUCCAGAGACUGAACUUGUUCUCAAUGAUGCAUUCUUGGAGGGCCUUGAUGCUGUGAUCAAUGCACUUGAUAAUGUCAAUGCUAGGAUCUACGUGGACAUGGGAUGCCUGUACUUCCAGAAACCAUUCUUGGAAUCUGGAACGCUGGGUCCCAAAUGUAAUACACAGAUGGUGAUUCCUCACCUUACUGAAAACUAUGGAGCUUCACGAGAUCCUCCUGAGAAACAGGCACCAAUGUGCACAGUUCAUUAUUUUCCGCACAAUAUUGACCAUUGUCUAACAUGGGCUCGCUCAAAGUUUGAGGGUCUGCUAGAGAAAACUCCAAAUGAAGUGAACUCAUUUAUAUCUAAUCCUGCUGAAUAUGCUGCUGCUAUGAGAAAGGCAGGUGAUGCUCAAGCCAGGUAAUUGUUGGAGCGUGUACGUGAAUGCCUUGACAAGGAGUGAUGCGAUAAAUUUGAAGACUGCAUAGCCUGGGCAAGACUGAAGUACUACAUUCCCCUUUGAAUUCAACAAUUUGUUAUUGGCUUUCUUCCUCUUUCUUUUCCUCUUAGCUAUUUGAAGUUAAAAUGGUUUCACUUUGAUUAUAUAUUGCCAACAAAUAGGACAGUAUCUUUUGU